GCGACAAGCGCGUGGUCGAGAAGAUGAAGAGCGUCCCCCGUGACUUCUUCUGGCGUGUGGAGUACAAACUUAGAACAAAUGAAGAUCUUACACGAGGAAGAACUCAUGAUGAGAACCUCCGGCAAGAAGAAGAAGAACACCAGAGGACUGACGUUGAGCAGACUUCUGACGUUGAGAUGGGGGAUGUGUAUCUGGAAGAAGAUCAUGGCAACAAUACAAAUGGGGAUACAACUGAGUUUAACAUGGAAGAUCAUACAGGAAAAACAUUGCUGGAUGAAGAAGUGGCAGAGGACACAAAUAAUGGAGGAGGAAAUGAAGGAGCUACCAUUGACUUGGAAUCUUUUUACGACGAACUUGAACGACUGCGAUCGACCGAAGUAGGUCCUGACAGCUCGUCAUCGCUGUCAUCCUCAGCUGGUUUCUCGCUCAAUCUUGAGGACACUGCUAUCUACCAAUGCUUGACAUCUGAAACUGAAACCGAUCCUGGACAAAAAACCUCAAGGCAGCUUUUUCCUGAAC